ACAGACAAUUUUUGUACUCUGGCAAAUAUUGCGUUUUGUUUGUAGGUUAUGUUUUAGUCGUCAAUUGUCAAAAUUAAUGUUAAAUAGUUUUGUAAAAAUCUACUAUGAAGUGGUUAAACCUUUUCGUGAACUUUUCUUAGUGGACGUUAUCGACCCGCGAUUGUUAAGUAGAAUGUUUAAUUCUUACAUCACAAUGGUUGUAUAGACUCGAAUAUUGGUUGACAUUGAAUGUAAAGAUGUGAUUAGGAGCAACGAUCGCAACUUCUUUUCGCUUCAAUUAUCAUUUAAACAUUCUUUUGAUCGUAGAAUAUUCCAAAUCAGGAAUCCCUUACAUUUGGUUUUUACAAUUUCAUACUAUCAACCAAGAUGACAAGUAGUCAACAAUCUGUUUUGAAACUAUACAACACGGUAGUUGAUGAUGUGAUCGCUGGAGUGCGGGAUUGCUUUUUGGACGAUGGUGUGGACGAGCAAGUCCUACAAGAAUUAAAACAGUUAUGGAAGACGAAACUAACCUCAAGCGGGGCCAUGGACCCACCACAAGUUGAGAACUAUAUGCCUCCACCACCUCCUGUACUUCAGUCUUUCCAAAAAGCUAAUGGUAAUAAUAUAAUUCCUAAGAGAGCUGAUACACACAUGCCGCAACAGAGUUCAAGUCAACAGAACAGUGGAGUGGGCCAUGCUGCUUCAGCACCUACUGUACCUGGUGCACAUCCACCCCAUCAAGUAUUGGAUCCCAAUCACAAAGUGGCCGUGCAGCUGACACUGCCACCACAGGCGGGAGUGCCGGGAUCUCAGGCUCGCUCAUUUACAAUACAGAUCCCUGCUGCAGCUCUACAUGGCAACAAAUUACACCAAGUUUUGACUGGAAACAUCAUCAAUGCUACUGUUAAUUUACCACCACAAUUAGCUGCAACAUUGCUACAGCAACAUAUCACGUCUGCCCUGGCUGGGCAACAAAAUGAUUUUGAUGGUGGUGGAGGAGGCCGCAGCAAUGCCGCACCCUUUUCCUUAGAUGGUGCUAUGGAUUCCUCAGAUGAUGAAGGUUCAAAUGUAGGUGACGGCUCAGAAGAUGGCGGUGGAGAUGAUGAUGAGGAUGAGGAAUCUGCUGAGGAACGUGCGGAGGAGGAAGAAGAAGAAAGAGAUGAAAGUGGUGGGGCGGAAGAGGAGCCCCUAAACUCAGGAGAUGAUGUGUCAGAUGAAGAGCCGGGUGACAUGUUUGAUACUGAUAAUGUAGUUGUUUGCCAGUAUGAUAAGAUAACCCGCAGUCGUAACAGAUGGAAGUUCUAUCUCAAAGACGGUAUAAUGAAUUUAGGUGGAAAGGAUUUUGUUUUCCAAAAAGCCAAUGGUGAUGCAGAGUGGUGAAACUCUCAUUUCAGUUUUUCCAUUAGUGUUUUGUAUAACAAAGGUGUAUUUAUCUCUUGGAUGUUAUUGUUGUGAGGAUAUUGCAAAAAGACUUGUGAUUUUGUGUCACAAAUGUAAAAAUGACUGACUUUAACCUAGAAAAUUAUCUGUACACAAGAAUUUCACAACAUGUAUAGUAAUUAGAUUAA